AUGCGAAACAUGUCAAUUUUGGGUGCUGGCAAGACAUCCUCACAUUCUCUGCUGGUCCAAACACAUGAUGUUCGCAGUGACACUUUUACAGAAGAAGCCUCAAGUUGGCCGAAUCGUCCCAAAACUCUCGACCACGGAUGGAAGGUCGUUUGGCUCUUUCCACUAGUCUUGAUAUGGGUACCCUUCAUUGACGAUAAGCCGAUUUCUCCACAUGGUGAUGCGGUACUUGAAGCUAUAGGGCUCGCAUCGACCUUAUGGCCCAUCGCCUUGGCAGCUAUCCUGGGCGCUCUAGUUCGUACCGUCGCCUUAUUUCGAGCCGAGCAAGGCACAGAACUUGGUACACUUGCAAUUCUGUUAGGAAGCCAGACCCUUAUCAAUACCAUCAAAACCGCUUUUGUGCUUCGGAUGCUGUCUGUAUGGACACUAGUACUCUUCGUUCUCUGGACGUUCAGCCCCUUAGGCGGUCAGGCCGUUCUCAGAACCGUCCGCACUAAAUCUCACAUCAGUUCACAGGAACACAAAGUUUCAUACAUCCCAGCGGCAGAUAUUGGACCGCCACUCAACUACGGUCUUUGGGAGAGCGCUUCUAAUAGGGGCCACCAGCUGGGAAGGAUAAUACCCAUGUUUGGCGCUGCGCUUUCUGCGCCCAAUGCACUUGCACAAGCCUCCAAUGGGUCCAGUGAAAGAUUUAACGCUGUCAUCCAACAGCUUGGGGGCGUGGAAGUAGCUAGUAAAGAUGCCAAGGUUGAUCUCUGGGGGAAUGUUCGUGUACCCGAGAUCACGCAGUUGCCUGGUUACAAUAACUCGGAUCCUUAUAAUUGGGUCAAGGUACCCCCUGGCCAGCUAGCGACAUAUGAGUCCUUGAUCGGAAUCCCUAUUCGAGGUAUACCUUCAAACUUUGCUGGCAACUUCACGCUACAAAUAUCAGCGAGUUAUAUGUCUCUGGAGUGCUCCCCCUGGUUCAAUACGUCAGAGUGGCUUUCUCGAAUUCCUAAUGGGCUGCGCUCGCACGAAACUAUGAACGUAAGUAUCGUGGAGGAGCCGGUGACGGAGCUUGAUAGUGGCACGUCGCAUACUUACAUGGACAUACCGAAUGGUAUAUCAGAAAAUAACACUAGCUUCAACUUCUCAAGCGAAGAUAGAUACAGUAUGGGACCAGUUGAGCGCGGCACCUUGGUCUUCGGCACCAGAAACAACUCUACGAUAUGUGAUAUGAGCAAUGUAUAUGUUGAUGUCGACAUAAAGUGUGACAGACCUCGUGCUUUUGAGACAAUGGUCUGCCAAGCCUUAGGUGUCCGUCACUCACGCGGCUAUGGCGUCUCUGUCCCAAACACCAAUAUGACAGCCGAUCGCGGGACGGCACCAGGAGCCUUUAUAUCUGCCCUGCCCUGGUUGGCUCAGUCCUUCCAUUUUGGAGAUAAGUCACCCUUUGAGAACUAUCUCGCAGAUCCAGCGCUCGGUAUGGGUGACGACAGUAUAGGUGGCUAUGCUGUUACGACCGAAUUCACCAGACUUUCUCUCAAGGUCUUUGCCCAGAGGCUUGCUCUGGUCAUUAAUACGGCCAUGCGUGUUUCGUACUUUGCACCCGCUGUUCUAUCCUUUGGAAAAGUUAAUAUGACAGAGUUGGAGAAUUCUAUGCCUGGAGUUUAUGUAACCCAGUAUACAAAUACGACUGGAGAUUUUAUAACAAGUGAGGAGCGGUACCAGGUGCAAAAAGCGUGGAUGGCAAUCUACAUCGUUUCUCUUAUUCUCAUGGGAAUCAGUCUUCUGGCCACAGUUUCGCUCAGCCUUGUAACAAGAGCUCCAGACUUUCUCACGAGCAUCUCAGCUUUGACACGAGACUCUGUUCAUAUUAAUGUCCCGGCAGGCGGAAGCACCUAUUGUGGUGAUGAGCGUGCGACCUUGUUAAAGAAUAGGCGCUUGAAGAUCCGAGAUGUUCAGCCUGACAAGGAUAUCGGUUACGUUGCGCUUGCAGACGACAAUGGUCAUGAAAAUCGAGGUUUCAAGGCGGCGAAGAAACGCCUGUAUGCUUGA